AUGGGAGGAAAGAUUGAUAGAACAGUCAAUGUUGGCACAAGCCCGCCUGUAUUUAGAUUGCAUGGUCAAAACUUCCAUUUAAUGGGGAGUUUGCUGCCACAACAAGGAGAACGGCCGAAAUUUGCGCAGUUGUAUAUUUACGACACUAAGAAUGAAGAUUCCAAUCGAUUGAAUGCAGUCGGGGACAAUGAUACUACCAACAGAUUGCAUCUUGAUAUUGUUCAAAAUAUUAAAGAUGCUUUGGAUGAAAACAAUGCAUUCGUGAAGUCAUUUCGCAAUGCAAGUCAGCAUAUUGAGAAAGAUCCUACAGCAGAGAUCAAAAUCAAAUUGAUAGGCAAGAGAUCAAAAGAUGCUAGGACAUAUAACUUGCCUCAAGUUCAAGAAGUUGCCGCUUUGAUUGUUGGUGAUAUAGAUCCAGAUAUGGGACAGCGCGAUAUUUUGGUGGAAACUAAUUCAGGCCAUCUACAAAGAAUUAGUGAAUUGAAUCCUGCAGAAGAUAUCCCGUUUGCGGACAUUCUUGAUCGGGCAUCCACCGCAAGAAAUCGUGUAUCUCCACGUGAGUAUUUCUCUUUCCGUUUGCAAGAUAGGUUUGAGCACACAUCAACAUUAUUGUAUGCAAGGAGGUUGUUGCAACAAUAUAUUGUUGAUGCUUAUACCAUGAUAGAGUCUGGCCGUUUGCUCUACAUUAGGACACACCAAAAAUCUUUGAGGUGUGAAUCUUAUAAGCGCUUAACUGAUGCAUUGACUAAUGGAGAAGUAGAUCCUACUGCUCAAGGAAAGAGGAUAAUCUUGCCAUCUACCUUUACCGGAGGAGCCAGAUAUAUGAUUCAAAACUACCAAGAUGCAAUGGCUAUUUGCAAAGCCAUGGGUUAUCCUAGCCUCUUUAUUACUUUUACAUGUAAUCCGAAGUGGCCCGAGCUAGAGAGGUUUUUAAAAGCACGCAAUUUAAAGGCGGAAGAUAGGCCAGAUAUCAUAUGCCGAGUUUUCAAAAUGAAGCUAAACGCUCUUAUUUCAGAGAUUCGGAAGAAUAACAUUUUUGGAGUUGUUACAGCAGUCAUUUAUACUAUUGAAUUUCAGAAGAGGGGGUUGCCGCAUGCGCAUAUUUUGGUAUUCUUGACAAAGAAUGACUCUCCUAAAACCCCAAAAGAUAUAGACAUGUGGAUAUCUGCUGAGAUUCCAAAUGAGAUUUGUGAUCCUGAGUACUACAAAGCCGUUCAAGAAUUCAUGAUGCAUGGUCCUUGUGGUUCAUGUAGGAAGAAUUCACCUUGCAUGAUAAAUGGUCGUUGUUCUAAGUUCUUUCCAAAGAAAUAUGUUACAACUUCAGUCUUGGAUCGUGAUGGAUAUCCAAUUUAUCGGAGGCGUGACAAUGGCCGCACAAUAAACAAGAAUGGGAUCAACUUGGACAACAGAUAUGUUGUGCCUCACAAUAGGUACUUAUUGAUGAAAUACAAGGCGCACAUUAAUGUUGAAUGGUGCAAUCAGUCAAGAUCAAUUAAGUACUUAUUCAAGUACGUCAACAAGGGGAAUGAUCGAGUAACUGCUGAGUUCUACAAUAGUACAGUUGACGAAUCAACUGGGAAAGAAAUUGAUGAAAUCAAGAUGUACUAUGAUUGUAGAUAUAUAUCACCGUGUGAGGCUGCCUGGAGGAUCUUUUCCUUUGAGAUACAAUUCCGAAAUCCUUCAGUUGAACGCUUAAGUUUCCACUUACCAGAUGAGCAAUCUAUUAUAUUCGAUGAUGGUGAUAAUGUGGAUAGUGUCAUUAAUCGUCCGACAGUGUCUCAAAGUAUGUUCACUGCAUGGUUUGCCGCUAACUUGAAAUUUGAGGAAGCUAGGCAGUUAACGUAUGCUGAAAUGCCUAGGAAAUUUGUGUGGAAGAAAGACAAAAGAGAAUGGCAACCUAGACAAAGAAAUUUUGCAAUUGGAAGGAUUUUCUAUGUGCCACCAAAAUGCGGUGAAUUAUUUUAUUUGAGAUGUUUACUAAAUUUGGUCCGAGGUCCUACAAGUUUUGAAGAAAUCAAAUUUGUUGAUGGAAAGCAGUAUAUGUCAUUUAGAGAUGCAUGUUAUGCUAGAGGAUUAAUUGAGGAUGACAAAGAAUAUGUGGACGCUAUUCUAGAGGCAUCACUAUGGUUCAAUGUCAAAGCCAGAAAUUAUGUAGUUCUUACAGAUACACAGAAGAAGAACUAUGCAUUGACAGAGAUUGAAAAAUUAUUGACUUCUUGCAACAAGUCAUUACAAGAUUAUCCACCAAUGCCUAUACCUGAUGGACCAAGUAAUAGUUUAUUGACACUAUCAGCUGCUUUACGCUCAAGGGGAGAGAUUGUACUGAAUGUUGCAUCCAGUGGUAUAGCUUCACUAUUGCUACCAGGUGGUCGGACUGCUCAUUCAAGAUUUGCAAUACCUAUUUCUAUAAAUGAGGACUCGACAUGCAACAUCAAACAAGGUAGUCCAUUAGCUGAACUCAUCAUCAAAGCAAAGCUAAUAAUUUGGGAUGAAGCCCCUAUGAUGCACAAACAUUGUUUUGAAGCAUUAGAUAAAACAAUGAGAGACAUCCUCAGGUUCUCGGAUUCUUUAAGCUGUAACAAGACCUUUGGUGGUAAAACAGUGGUUUUAGGUGGUGAUUUCAGGCAGAUACUACCAGUUAUUCCAAAAGGGACAAGACAGGACAUUGUGCAAGCCAGUAUAAAUUCUUCUUAUCUUUGGACUAAUUGUCAAGUCCUGCGUCUUACAAAGAAUCUGAGACUGCGCAGUGUUACGGCUGAAUGCGAGAUAGAGAAAUUAGAUACAUUUGCAAAAUGGAUUGCUGACUUAGGUGAUGGAAAGCUUGGUGGUAAUACCGAGGAUGAUUGCAAUAUCAAUAUUCCCUCACAGUUUCUAUUGCAAAGCAGAGGAGAUCCUAUUAAACAAAUUGUUGACGAAACAUUUCCGACAUUUGGUACUGGUGUUAUAGAUCCUGAACAGUUGAAGAGUAGAGCUAUUUUGGCACCAACAUUAGAUGUUGUGGAUCAAGUCAAUCAAUACAUGAACAAUUUAAAUCAAUCAUCAUCAAAGACUUAUCUAAGUUGUGAUUCUGUUUGCAAAGCGGAUACUAAUGACAAUAUGUUGGCCGAAGUGCACACUACUGAAUUUUUAAACAGUUUAAAGUGUUCUGGUGUACCAAACCAUUCCUUAGAAUUAAAGGUUGGAUCGCCAAUAAUGUUGUUGAGGAAUAUCGACCAUUCGAUUGGUCUUUGUAAUGGAACGCGGUUGAUUGUCACCAAGUUGGGUAACCAUGUGAUUGAAGCCAAGAUAUUAUGUGGCACACAUUAUGGGACAAAUGUAUUGAUACCCCGACUAUCUUUGACUCCGUCAGACCCAAGACUUCCGUUCAAAUUUCAAAGGAAGCAGUUCCCGGUCAUGUUGUCCUAUGCUAUGACAAUAAACAAAAGUCAGGGACAAACAUUGUCAGUAGUAGGUUUACUAUUGAAGAAACCAGUAUUCAACCAUGGUCAGUUGUAUGUUGCAGUUUCCCGUGUUAGUAAUCCAGAUGGACUUAAAGUCUUAAUUGCUGAUGAAACCAAGGGCUUAGUCAACUAUACACAAAAUGUGAAUGUUUAG